CCAAAGAAGACUAAAAAUUCAUAUGGUCAUCUUGUGGCAGCCCAAGAACUCUCUUCAUCCAGAAAUUAGGGAGAAUUCUCUGGCUUUUGUCCUCCUCCACCUCAACCAAAAUUCCAGAUUUCAUGUUCACCAAAAACAAGAAAGAGAGAGUGAGAGAGACGAAAAAUUAAUUUUCAAAUUCGAAAUUUAAGCCAACAAAAGACAAAUAAAACUUGAGUAGAGUUUCUCAGUAUAUAGUCUUUAUCUGAUGUCAAAUAUUACCGGUGAUGAGGGGAGUUUUUCCUCCGGAGAAAUUCAACAGCAUCAAGAAAAACCGCAAAAUUCAAUAGUUUCCAAUGCUACGACGAAUAGCAACGGCUCCAGCUCACAACAGCCGCCUACUAAGAAGAAACGAAACUUACCGGGAAAUCCAGAUCCGACAGCAGAAGUUAUUGCACUGUCACCAACAACCCUUAUGGCCACAAACAGAUUCGUGUGUGAAAUAUGUAACAAAGGGUUCCAAAGGGAUCAAAAUCUUCAAUUGCAUAGGAGGGGUCAUAAUCUUCCCUGGAAAUUAAGGCAAAGAACAAGUACGGAGAUAAAAAAGCGCGUUUAUAUAUGCCCCGAGCCAUCUUGUGUGCACCAUAAUCCAGCUCGAGCAUUGGGAGACCUUACGGGAAUCAAGAAGCAUUAUAGCCGAAAACAUGGAGAGAAGAAAUGGAAAUGCGAUAAGUGCUCGAAGAAAUAUGCAGUGCAAUCAGAUUGGAAGGCUCACCAGAAAACCUGUGGAACUAGGGAAUACAAAUGCGAUUGUGGAACCAUAUUCUCUAGGUUCAUCUCUUACUAACCGAUUUAUCCACAAUGUGUGAUAUUUAUUAUUCAACUGCAUGAAGCAUGAUCGAAUUGUACCACCCAUAUU